AUGACUACCACAGUCACGAACGGCGACGCGUCGCACGCGCCUAUUGAGGUUUCCUUCCCGUUACCUAAGGCUCCACGGACGGACAUCAACCUCCGGCUCCACGACAACGGUCCAAAUAUCACUCUCUUCCUGACCACGUCCACGCCUGAUUCAGCAUCUUCAGUGCCUCUAGGGUCUCUGGUAUAUGCAAUGCCAAAUAGAGUCACACCAAGCCAGCCUCUUAGCACACCUCUCUUCACUCAUAGCGCAACGCUCGACUUCACGACGCGGCUAUCCAAAAUACUCGCACGCAGAACUGGAAAGCCAAUCUUCGUUAGUAGUUCAAUCAGCUUUGCCAAUGCUGGUAUGGGAGGCACAGUUGAGGAAGAGAUGGAAGGUUUCAAACGUGUUGUCGAAGUCGUCGUGGGUCUGCUGAAUAAGGAGAAAGAGCCAACGAAAUAA